AUGGCGCAUUUAUGCCGACGAGGACUGCGAUGGGACUCCGGUCACCCGAUGGUUGCGAGUCGACCACGGUUUCUUGGCGUGUUUGAUACAAUCAACACAUCCAUGGCUUUGACAUGGAGCAUUUCUAGGUCCUUUAAUUCCCCACAAAGACCAGCAGCAGUUUCCUAUCCUGCAACCAAGCUAAUCCAAAGCAUUUUUUUCAUACAAUCUCCUUGUUUUGCUCUUCACAAACAUACAGGCAUGACUCUGCUCCCCUUUUGUAUCCUUCUAUUAUCGAUUUGCUUCUGCAAAUCCGAUGACCGCCUUACACCUGCGAAGCCACUCUUGCCUGGCGACAAGCUCGUCUCCAACAAUGGCAUCUUUGCUCUUGGUUUCUUCUCCCCUGAAAACUCCACCGCAAACUCAUAUGUAGGCAUAUGGUACCACGACAUCCCGGAGCGGACGUAUGUGUGGGUGGCCAACCGCGACAACCCAAUCGGCAGCGGUUUGUCUGGGAAGUUGGUUCUCACCAACAGCUCUGACCUUGUCUUGUCAGAUUCCAAGGGCCGUAUCCUUUGGAGGACGACGAACAACGUCACCGCCGGAGGUGAUGGGGCUGUGGCGCUGCUGCUCGAGGCAGGGAACUUUGUCGUCCAGUUGCAGAAUUUCAUGCAGGUAUGGCAGAGCUAUGAUCACCCAACUGACACCAUCCUCCCCGGCUUCAAGUUAUGGGCGAACUACAAGACCCACACAGCAGUGCGCAUCGUUGCUUGGAAGGGUUCUCAAGACCCAUCCACCGGGAAAUUCUUCCUCAGUCGUGACCCCAGCACGGGCCUACAGAUCCUCACCUGGCGGGGGACAAGCAAGUACUGGCGCAGCGGACUGUGGAACGGUGCAGAAGCUUCAGACAAGAACGGAUACAUGUGGUCCCAGAACGUCGAUGACGGGGAGAUCAUCUACUCGACGUACAACACUGGCAACAGCUCCUCCCGGAGAUCGCACUGGAAGCUGGACUACACGGGCGACUUGAUGCUCAGGAUCUGGAGUGGCCAGUCAUGGGUGGUUCUGUUCAAGCGCCCAGAUGAUGGCUGCCGCCAAUACGGCUCGUGUGGUCCCUUUGGCUACUGUGACAUGCUCACCAGGGUGUGCAGGUGCCUUGAUGGGUUCGAGCCAGCGGACGGCUUCAGUGCCAACUUCUCCAGAGGAUGCGUGAGAAAGGAGGCGCUGACAUGUCAUGGCUACCAUUUCUCAGCCUUGCCUGGGAUGAAGGUGCCUGACAAGUUUGUGUAUGUGAGGAGCAGAAGCUUCGAGGAGUGCACUGCUGAGUGUGAGCGUAACUGCUCCUGCACUGCGUACGCUUACGCCAACUUGAGCAGUAUUGUCACAACCGGUGGCCCAUCAAGAUGCUUGGUCUGGACAGGGGAGCUUGUUGACUUAGAGAAGACAGGCGUACUUGGUGGCAACCUGUACCUUCGGCUUGCUGGUUCUCCUGGACACAACAGGAAGAGUGGUGUCCGUGUGGUAUUAAAGAUUGCACUCCCAGUUAUAUCGUUCCUGGUGAUACUCUCAUGCAUAUAUCUUGUCUGUAUAUGCAAGCUAAGAGGGAAACAAGCAAACAAAGAAAGCAUGAAAAGACCGGCCCUGGAACAGUUUAGCACUUCGCAAGAAGUUUGGGAUCAAAAUUUGGAAUUGCGCUCUAUUAGGUUCGAAGACAUCGCUGCUGCAACAAACAGUUUCCAUGACACGAACGUACUUGGAAAAGGAGGGUUCGGCAAAGUCUAUAAGGGAACACUAGAAAACGGAAAGGAAGUUGCUGUUAAAAGGCUUAGCAAGGGUUCUGAGCAGGGUAUAGAGCAUUUUAUAAAUGAAGUGGUUCUUAUUGCCAAAUUGCAGCAUAAGAAUCUAGUUAGACUUCUUGGCUGUUGUAUUCAUGAGGAAGAGAAGUUGCUUAUUUAUGAAUACCUUCCCAACAAAAGCCUAGACAAGUUUCUCUUUGAUACUGCAAGGAAGUCUGUACUUGACUGGACAAGAAGGUUCAACAUAAUCAAAGGGGUAGCUAGAGGACUUAUGUAUCUCCACCAAGAUUCGAGAACGACGAUAAUCCAUAGAGACCUCAAACCAAGCAACAUCCUGCUAGAUGUGGAAAUGAAUCCAAAAAUAUCAGAUUUUGGAAUGGCAAGGAUCUUUGGAGGCAACGAGCAACAGGAAAGUACCAGACAAGUUGUUGGGACUUACGGGUACAUGUCGCCUGAGUAUGCGAUGGAGGGCAUUUUUUCCGUCAAGUCUGACAGCUACAGCUUUGGUAUUUUGCUACUAGAGAUUGUAAGUGGAUUAAAGAUCAGCUCACCUCAUCAUCUUGUGAUGGACUUUUCAAACCUCAUAUCCUAUGCUUGGAACCUGUGGGCAGAUGGAAGAGUGAGGGAUUUCGUGGACGCGGCCAUCACGGGGAGCUAUUCGCUUGACGAAGUGUCCAAGUGCAUCCAUGUUGGGCUCUUGUGUGUCCAGGACAGCUCCAGUGCUAGGCCACACAUGUCAUCGGUCGUUUCCAUGCUCGACAGUGAAGCCAUUCCUCGUGCACCGCCAGAGCAACCUGUGUAUUUUGCACGGAUAAACUACGAAACCACUGAAGCGAUGGAAGACACGGAGAACUCUGCCAAUGGCGUGAGCCUUACGGCGCUAGAAGGACGAUGA